ACAUGGCUACUCAACGACUGUGGAAUAGCUUGUCUGCACAAGGAAUGCUACACAACAAACUAAGAAAUCUUGUACAAUUCACACAGAAACGGCAUCGGGUAAAAACUAAAUGGGCAGCGACUCAACCAAAGUUAUCUGCCACUAAUCUUGCCCUGCAGAACUUUGACGCAAUAUACAGCAUGGAACUUGGAGAGCUGUGGCCUUCGGUACGUGUUAGCUUGCUCUCUGAGCGUAAAUAUGGUGCUUUGGUCAACAACUUCUCGUGUGCCGACACUGUCACAGAUCUACAAUCUCUUGGGUGUGUGGAUUUUAUUGCCUCAAGUUCUACAGGAGCCGAUCAGCACACUGUUAACGAAGGGACCUGCCGUGAUUUAACAAUAGCCUCCAUCAGCCCAAACGUGAAAUGCUUGGUUUUUCCCAAAGGGGACAUAUCUCGCUUCAAGCCAGCAACAUUAGAUAGUUCUGGCUUUUUGAGAUACUACCUUAUGGAUGCAGCCUCUGUCCUACCUGUCCUCGCUUUGAAUGUUCAGAAAGAAGAGUCGGUAUUGGAUCUGUGUGCUGCUCCAGGUGGGAAGACUUUAGCUCUUUUCCAAACACAAGCUGCCAGGUUCAUUUGGGCUAAUGACUUGUCGGGGUCUCGUAUGUCUCGUCUUCAAAGAACUCUCAAUUCCUGUCUUCCACAUGACCUCCUUUCAGAGGAUAAGCUGUACAUCACCUCUUUUGAUGGACGUGAGUGGCAUGAACUGGGAGAAAAUGCCUUUGACAAAGUCCUGGUGGAUGUUCCCUGUACUACUGACAGGCACUCUUUAGUAGAAGAGGACAAUAACAUAUUUAGUCGUUCAAGGACAAAAGAGAAGCGAAAUCUACCUUUAUGUCAGACUCAGCUAUUACUGGCUGGGCUCCAAGCUGUAAGGAAAGGAGGAGAGGUUGUGUAUUCCACUUGUACUCUGUCACAGCUACAAAACCAAUGUGUGGUAGAGCAGGCAGUGAGCCUUGCAAACCAGGAACUGGGAAUAACUGCAGAGAUAAUUGAUCUCCAGCCUUUCACCACUCUCUUUAAGGACACUUUCCAUUUUGCUCCAGACCUAAAUGUUGGUGUGAUGGUGUUGCCUCACCUCGUUGCCAAUUUUGGACCCAUCUACUUUUGCAAACUGCGACGCCUCAGUUAAUAAUAAAAGCUGACAAAAGACAGUGAAACACAUGCAUGAGCAACUUCUUGAUGUGCACAUUAUAUCCCACAGGAUAUUUUGUUUCCCACGCCGGCCCAUGAAAGCUUAGGCUACUGCGACAUUGUAGCUAAUUCAAGGAUGAUUUUUUAAAAUAAAGAUACCAGUGUGUGAAUUCUGUCAAACGCUACAUAUCUGUAUGAGAGGAGGUUGUUUUCAUUAAACAGAAAUGGCACCAAUCUGAAUUAAGUUGACCUUGUGGAUCUUUGUGGAUCUGGAAAACUAUAUAGCUAUGCUGGAUCAAUUCACAUGGUUGGACUUGGUUCACCAACAAACAGACAUACAAACUCCUGUCUGUCAAUUUAGAGCCCACUAUACAUUUAAUUCCUUUUUAUUCCUGUACAAGAAAGUGUAAAGAUCAAACAGUCAGAAAUAUUAUGGAUAAAAUAAAAUUGUGUAAAGCUCAAAGAAAAUUCUUCAGAAAACUAUAUCAAAGCAGUUUAUUGAAGUGUUGGAAAAUCAUCAACUGCUUACAACUCCAUCUGUUAUUGAUGCCUUGUUAACACAAUGCAAUGAAGAAAAAUAAGCAGAAUUCAAGACAAACAUGUAAACAGACUACAAAGUUUUUUGAAAGCAUUCAAAAUCAUCUACUGUGGCAAGUGCCACACUGGUGCAGAAGACAUCAUCUGGGAGUUUCACAAGGCGUUCUAGGGAAAUAUAGUUUGGUUCAGCAGGGUCAUACUGUGCUCUUCCUAGAUACUUCAGGAAAAGGUGCCUCUCUUUGAUCCGCAAAAACUGGGUAUUCAGUACCUUUGGGAGGAACAGUGAUAAAUUAGGAGGAUGUACACUACCGUACAAGCCCAACAAAUCCAUACUUGUGGUUAACAGAGAAGAUCAUUAUUCAAGAUUAUAGCAAAAUGUAUCCAAUGUUUUAUUUGUAUUAUAAUGUCCACUAUUAUUCAUUUUCAUUCAUGACAAUGUGUUUAUAGUAACACCGAAACAAACAACAGUUUACCUGUGGGAAUUUGGCGAUAAGAGAAUGGGGAAUGCCCAUGGUGUUGUGAAUGUAAUUAAAUAUCUUGUUCAGUUUUGUCUUGUUUGCGGUCAAUAUUUUUGGCACUUCAGUGACCAUGUGUUGUAUUUCAUUUGUACGAAAUCCAAAUUCCAGCUCGUAUACCUGAUUGAGAAACAGAAAGGCAAAAGUGUGAAAUUGAGAUGAUGGGCAUUUGAGUUUGUCUAUGUGGUCUUCCUUAUCAAAUGAUUAUCUUUGUAAUGAAUGAAAAGUACAAAGUUGUCAUGUGUUACCAUUUCAAUUUUUUUAUAUGAAAAUACAUUUCAUGAGUAUGUA